CACGCAGUGCUGACGACGACGAGGUAGGUCCCUUCAGCAUUGAGCAAUGACUAUGUCAUUCGACUGCUUGAUGGGUUAAGCGGCAUUUUGCGGACCGCACUCAUGCCGCCGUGAAGCACUGACGCCCAUUCCCAGGGUUACAAUCGACUGAUUUUGGGUGUCAGCCAAUCAAAAUCAUCCAAAGUUUUGUUUUUCCUUAAAGCUCUGCUCGGCCGCUCGUAAGGCUUUAUCCCUUCAUUACGAACAAGCUUACUUCCCUGGUGAAGAGAUCCGUUUCAUUGGCUCAUGGCAUCCUUUCUUCGCCAAUUCACCUCUUCCGCGGCGCCAAUGCCAUCCUCGACCUCCAACUCAUUCGUUGAUAUCCCCAUCCCAUCUUUCAUUAUUUCCAGUUCCAAGUCCGCCACCUGGUUUUACACCACCGCUGCGAUAGUCGGCGCUCUUCUCGUGUUUGAACAGACUGUCUACAGAUCCAAGAAAAAGCACCUGCCAGGCGACUCAUGGACAAUUCCAAUUAUUGGAAAGUUUGCCGACUCCAUGAAACCCACCAUGGAGGGCUACAUGAGACAGUGGAACUCCGGCGCAUUGAGUGCUAUAAGCGUGUUCAACAUUUUCAUUGUCAUGGCUUCGUCCAACGAGUAUGCGCGCAAAAUCUUGAACUCUCCGACUCACGCUGAGCCCUGCCUUGUGCACUCAGCCAAGCAAAUUCUCAUGCCUGACAAUUGGGUAUUCCUUACCGGCAAAUCUCACGUCGAGUACCGCAAAGUUCUGAACACUCUUUUCACCCGCAAGGCUCUCAGCAUCUACAUUGGUAUCCAGGACGCAAUUGCUCGCAAACACUUCAGCCAAUGGCUUGCGGACGCACAGAAAGAUCCAUCACCACAGUCUAUCAUGAUGACCGCCCGCAACCUCAACAUGAUGACCUCCCUUCGUGUUUUCUGCGGCAAUCACAUUCCAGAGCAUGGCGCUGUUGAGAUCAGUGAGAAAUACUGGGACAUCACUCAGGCCCUCGAACUCGUGAACUUCCCUUUGGCUGUCCCUGGUACAAAAGUUUACAGAGCCAUCCAAGCCCGCAAGGUCGCCAUCAAGUGGCUGGAGCUUGCUGCAUCCAAAGCUAAAACCGCCAUCGCCAAUGGCUGCGAGCCUGAAUGCAUGCUUGACGAAUGGGUCAAGGAGAUGGAGGCUCCAGGAUACAAGGGCCGUAAGGAUUUCAGCGACCGCGAGAUGGCUAUGGUCGUAUUCUCGUUCUUGUUUGCGUCGCAGGAUGCCAUGAGUAGCGGGUUGAUUUACGGGUUCCAGCACUUGGCAGACCAACCUGACAUCUUGGCCAAAAUCAGGGAGGAACAGUACCGCGUUCGCGCUAGCGACGUUGACAAACCAAUCACCCUUGAAAUGCUCGACCAAAUGCCAUACUUGAAGGCGUUUGUCAAGGAGAGCAUGCGUGUCAAGCCUCCCGUGACCAUGGUUCCUUACAAGACGACCAAGGCUUUCCCUAUCUCUAAUGAUUAUACUGUCCCCGUUAAUAGCAUGGUCAUACCCUCAUUCUACAACUCUCUGCACGACCCUUCUGUUUUCCCCGACCACGAUCAGCUCAUCCCUGACCGUUGGCUCGAUCCCGACAGCUCCGCCAACAUGAACCCGAGGAACUACCUGGUCUUUGGUAGCGGUCCUCACAAGUGCGUCGGUAUAGAGUACGCGACGAUAAACAUCGGACUGGUUCUUGCCACCGCGAGUAUAUUGAUGGACUGGGAGCACCAUCUCACACCUGAAAGCGAUAAAGUCCAGAUCAUCGCAACUUUGUUCCCUAAAGACGGGUGUCUCAUGACGUUUGCUCCUCGUCCACGACCUUGAUGAUGAUUUGUUUAUUGGCAUAUGGCUUUUGUUUAUACCCCCAUCCAUCCCCUUAGGAACCAUAAGGACUUGCAUUUAAUCCUCUUAAGUAUCAAUGAGAACAUGAUUCUUGCGCCGCAACCAUAUGUUUUUCGUUCUUAGCCAGACACGGUGGACCGGCACGAACUGCAAGAGAAACAAGGCCAAACCUCUAGCGGGAGGCGACGGC